AUGUUUGUGUACAAAGAUCACAUACCUGAUGCAAUUAGUAUGCAAAAGCUCGUUGAGGUCUUUUCCCGCAAUGUCGAUGAGUGGCAGGCUCUUUGCAUACUGCAAGCUGUUACAACAGACAACGAACUCGUCAAGUUCAUAUUCGAAAACAAUGCGCUAGAGAUAUCGAGGAGAGAAGCCAUUACGGCGGAAAUUGCUAGGCGAGGUGUCAUAUGGAAUGCUGAGUUGCGAUUCUCUCUUACGUUAAAUUUCAACUGGGCUCUACAUAGAAAUGAAAGUCACUUCCUCGCAGUCAACUAA